AUGUUAUAUGCUAAGCUGAAGAAAAGUGAGUUUUGGCUUUCCAGUGUUGCCUUCCUUGGACAUGUUAUUUCUAAGGACGGGGUCGCAGUUGAACCUUGUAAAAUUGAAGCUGUUCUGAAGUGGGAAAGGCUGACAAAUGUGUCCGAGGUCCGUAGUUUUCUGGGAUUGGUAGGUUAUUACCUACGCUUUGUUGAAGGGUUCUCAAAGAUAGUGCUUUCCCUGACUUGCUUAACUCAGAAAGAGGUAAAGUUUGAAUGGUCAGAUGAUUGUGAGGCAAGCUUUCAAGAAUUAAAGAAGAGACUGACCACGGCCCCAAUAUUGACCUUACCCGAAGGGAACGAAGACCUUGUGGUCUAUAUUGACGCUUCCCAUAAAGAGCUUGGAUGUGUAUUGAUGCAAGGAGGGAAGGUUAUAGCCUAUGCCUCCUGA